CUCCUCUUGGCUGUAAUGGCAUAUGACCGCUAUCUUGCCAUCUGCCACCCACUUACGUAUGCUGUCUUCAUGAAUAGGAAACUGUGCACUGGGUUGGUGGCAGCCUCAUGGACCUGUGGGCUCCUCAAUGCUGUGAUGCACACUGCCAUGACUGCGCAACUGCCCUUCUGUGCUUCUCACAGCCUUGAUCAUUUAUUCUGUGAUGUUCCUCAGCUUCUCAAGCUGUCCUGCCAGGACACAUUCUUGAACCAGAUCACAUUGUUCGUGGUCACCUUUCUGCUUGGUGUCAGUCCUUUUCUAUGCAUCGUAGCUUCCUACACCCACAUUGUGAUAGCAAUCCUGAGGAUUCGCACUACCCAGGGCCGCCGCAAGGCAUUCUCCACCUGUUCCUCACACCUCAUAGUGGUUAGCCUAUUCUACAGCACUUGCAUGUUCAAUUACAACCGGGCUAGAGCCAGCCAUUCAGUACUGAUAGACAUCUUGGCAUCUGUGCUGUACAAUGUUGUGACUCCAAUGCUGAACCCAAUCAUUUAUUCACUGAGAAACAAAGAGAUGAAGGAAGCUCUGAAACGUAUACUCAACCCAAAAAUGCCAUCCUUCUUCUAG